GAAGGUCAAUAUUGAAUAUAAAUAACAUAGCAAAGCGUUCACAGUCAUCAGUUGAUCGACACCAAUCAAACAUACAACCAACAAAAUGAAAUUCUUGGCUAUUGUAUCUUUGGCUUGCUUGGCUGUUGCCAAUGCAGGUAUCAUCUUGGGACACCAUGGUCAUGAUGAUGGCCAAUGGCACGGAGAAGGACUUUUGGAAAGUCAAUGGCAUGGUCAUCACGGAGCCCAUGGAAUUAUUGCCGCUCCAGUUCUUGCUCACGGCCAUGGACACGCCACAAUUGUAGGACCAUCCAGUCAUGGUGCUCUUGCUGGUCCCGUCAGUCAUGGCGCCACUCUCGUUGGUCCAUCCCACCAUGGUUCAGUAGUAGGACCUGUUGACCACGGUGCAACCCUUGUUGGCCCUUCCCACCACGGUUCAGUAGUAGGACCUGUAGACCACGGUGCAACCCUUGUUGGCCCCUCUAGCCAUGGUACAGUAGUAGGACCUGUUCACCACGGAGCCAAACUUAUCGGACCUUCUUCUCACGGAGCAGUUGUAGGACCCGUCCACCACGGUGCUCACCUCAUUGCACCUUCUGCUCAUGGAGCAGUUGUAGGACCCGCCCACCACGGUGCUCAUCUUAUCGCACCUUCUGCCCAUGGUAUCGUCGCCGGCGGUCACAGCCACGGAGCCGUCCUUCUUCACUCCGCCCACGUUGUACCACAUGCCGUCCAUCUUCAUCAUCAUUAGGGCUUACGAGAAUACGCUUAACUGGUUGACCCAACGUUGUAAAAUCGCAGUUUAAAUCUGCAUCGAAACCAAGUUUCAGUUACAACCGUUGGUGUAUGUUAUUGGAGACUUGCACAAUAAUUUGUUUUAAUUUAUUGUUUACUAUUUUUAUUAUUGAAUAUAUGGUACCAUUGCAACUUGAA